UCAAGUUUUCUUUAGCAGUAAGCUGUGACACAUAUCAUUUGAUUUUUUUUGGGCCACAGUGAGAAGACCUACGGAGACACUUCAGCCAUGGCAAAUGGAUGCAUCAUUGCUCUGAUGGUCAUUGUUGUUGUACUGAAUGUCUUUGCAGCGGCAGCAGGACUGGCGUUAUUUGCAUUAGCCAUUUGGGUGGCCGUAGAUCCAUAUAAACUGUACCCAAUAGCUGCCAUAUCAGGGAAGGAUGAUAUCUUUGCAGCAGCCUGGAUAGCCAUCUUCACUGGCUUUGCCUACUUCUGCACUGCCAUCUUUGGCAUCUACGCCACUCUGAAAAAGAAACGGUCACUCAUACUGACGUACCUGAUCCUCAUGUUCAUCAUCUUCAUAUUCGAAUGUGCGUCCUGCAUCACAGCGGUCACCAACAGAGACUACCUAGUUGGAAAUAGUAAUUUGGUGAAGAGCCAGAUGCUGAUGUACUACGCAGACAAAAGUGACCGAGGAAUGCAGAUCACUAAUACUUGGAACAAAGUAAUGCUAGAUGCUCAAUGCUGUGGGACAGACAGCCCACUGGACUGGGUAGAGUACAAUUCCACCUUCAUGCAGAUGUAUGGCACCUCAUACCCCUGGCCUCUCAGCUGCUGCCAACGCCAGAGCAGCUUUGAUCCUGCUGACCCAACUGGCUGCAAGCUUGGCCAGAACAGUGCAAUAUUCAGCAAGGGUUGUUUCACCUACAUCCAGUCUAUGUUAAAUCGUUAUACCUGGUCCGUGAGCUGGUAUGGCUUUUCCGUGCAAAUGUUUGUGUUUUUCCUUCUGCUGAUUGCCAUUGUGUACUUCAUAUUCCUGGAAUAACAUCAUUAAACAGAUUUUUCAACCAACAAUGCUAAUGUGGCUUACAAAGGAAGUCUAUCAGUGUAAUAAGUACCUGCUAGAUUUUGUUCAUUUAUAGCAUUCUUGGCUUUGGAACAAUGCCACAUAUGACCUCGCCAUUUCUGCCUCCUGCUACCAAGAUCUUCCUUCGAGGCAAACGUUGGUACCGAACUCUGAUUGCACAACAUUUACAGUUUUCUGUUUGCUUAGUGCUUGUAAUGUGUUUUGUGUUUGACUGGCAUGAUAGCGUCUUUGUUCCUUUUGAACUGUCAUGGGUUUUCAUUAUAGAUUUCAUUACAUUCUUUAAAAGAACACUCCAUUUCAGGGUUUUUCUCUUAUGACAAUUGUACAUUUACAGUAAUAUAUAUUUAUGCUAUGUUUUAAUCAGUUACAUGUGUGCAUAUGUGGACUGUUGUAAUUGUGUUAAUAAAAGCAAACUACUUCA